UAUUUUUAAGUAAAAAUGUCUUUCUGUGAUGAAAUGGAAAUAAUUAAUUUAAUAAAUGAGUCAAUAUUUUACAAAAAUCGUAAAGAAGAAGAUGACUAAUAAAAAAGUUACGAAUGUAUAAUAUCUGCGGAUAAAAAAAUGAAGCGAAACAUUCGCGAUACAUUUAUAAACCUUUCAUAUGAUACUAUAAUAAAUUUUUGUGAAACAGUAUUAACAAUAACCAAUCAAUAUGAAUUAAGUGAAUUUUACAUUGAUCUUUUUUUUCAAAAAACAAAUUCUAAAGGAUAAAUGUAUAUAAGAGGUCUUUUAGUAAAAGCACGUUUAAUAGCUUUUAAUAGUCAUAAUUUAUUACUAAAAGAUGAAGAAAUGAUAAUUAAUUUAUAAAAAUCUUUAAAUUAUAUACAUGAGGCGUUAGAUAUUAUAUCAAAUACAGAUAAACAUAAAUAUGCUUUUUUAAUAUACAAUGCUUCAGUAUGUGUAUAUAAUAUAAUAAGGCCAUAUAUAAAAGUCAAUUGGAGUAAACAUUUUGUAGAAGUUGUUCAAAUUUUAGACAAUCUUUUUGAUGAAGUUAAUGAACCUGAUUAUAAUUGGAGAUGUAGGUAUACUUGGCUUCUUUUUUAAUGUCUAUAUGAUUCAGAUUAAAAAAUAGAAGCCUAAAAAGUAUUAGAUAAGCUUUGGGAAAAUACGAAAAAAUUCGGUGGUUGUAAUUUUUAAGAUUAACUAUUCCGUUUAAAAAUUCAUAUGUGUAAAGAAAAUCUUAUUCUUCUCCAAUCUAUAAAAAAAGAAACUGAAUAGCUACCCAAAUAAGAAGAUGAUACUGGUUAAAAACUGCUUUUAACUUUAUAAAUGAUGAAAAGCGGCUUAAUUCCAGAAGCUUAGAUCGAAAAGGAAUUAAUAAAUGUUAUAAAUUCAAUGAAUAGUUCAAUUCUUCCCGGAAACGAAAUGGCUUAAACUAAUAAACUUCCUCCAAUAAUCCUUGAAAGAUUAGCCGAAGCAGGUCGUAUAGCCUUAUAUCAUAAUUUAAUUAAUAUAGCGGAUUCUAUCACUUCUUUCCUAUCUAGAGUAAGAUAGCCUAUUUAGAAAUCUUAUGUUCUCUAAGAAUAUAAUAAGGCUGAAUUGAGGAUUAAAAAAGCUGGAUCUCUCAUAGACAAUAAAACAGGAAUGCGAUUAAAUUCAGUAUAAAUAAAAAUGCAAGAAGUCGAUAGGAGAAUUGAAGCCUUGAAAAUUCUCGAAAAGUCAAUGCACGCAAUAGAAAGUAAAGGUAUGAAAGAAUUGGACCCUGAUUUAGUUUACGAUGGAGCCGUUCUUAUAUGGAAUAUGGGGCUUCCCUUUUUAAAUUCCUCAUAUAGGGCCUAUGUAUAUACUGCAUUUACAUCCGCCUGUGAUUUUCUGGAAAAAAUACAAUCAAACGAUCAUGCACUUCGGGUCAAUUUUCAUUUAGAAUUGGCGAAAAGUGAUUUAGAAGAAAAUAGUGUGUUUAAAGCUGGAGAGCAUAUUUAAAAAGCAUUAAAAUUAGAUUAUUCAAUGCCUAUUAGUAAAGUUAAAUAUAAAUAUGAAGAAGACGAGGAUUUAUCUCUAUAUUAAAGGCCUUAUGAAAGGUAUUUAAAAAGCCUAUAAUUUACAAUAAACUUAAAAUAAAACUCAAACAACGUGGAGCCUAAAAAUGUAAUCGAAAAAGUAAUUUUAGACCUAGAAAGUGCUCAAAACUCGAAAAGUGAAAACAUGAAAAUCGAUAUUUUACAGAAAUGCUUAGGUAGUCUAGUAAAUUUAAAAGAAGAAUAAUAUAUAUUGGACAAAUCUAAAAAUCUAGUUGAAGAAGAGAUUCUAAAAGAAAAAAUUAUCCAUAAAUAAAAAAAUUUAUACUAGUAUAAAUAAAAAAAACUCCUUGCAGCAGAAAUCGCAUAAUUAGCUUUCGAUUGGGAAUUAGAUGAUUUAGCUAUGAAAGCCUGUGAAUUUGUAACUAGCGAUAAUUGGGAGACUAAGAAUGCGGAAGAAAUGAUCUUAGCUUAAGUCUAAUGUUAUUAUACUAUGGCUUAAAUAACUAUAGACUUUUUAAUUAAAUAGAACUAUGUAAUCGCCUUUGCUGAAAUACUCAAAAUAAAUGACGAAGAAGAACAAGAAAACAUCCAAGAGGAAAUCUCUUUUGAGAAAAAAGAAGAAAUUUUAGCAUAGAAAAGGGGAAUAGUUGAUUUUUUUUUAAAAGGACUAAAAUUAGCAGAUUCAAUUUGUUAAAGUUGGCUAGUUUUUAAUGGCGCUAUUUAUAUUUGGAAUAAUUUUUUGAGUGUUUUUCGAAAUCCAAUAAAUGAUCAAAAAUUACUUCCAGAAAUUUCAGUUUUAUUAAAAGAAUUUUUCGAAGUCAUGAAAAACUCGUUUAAGGAGUUAGAAAAAAAACAAAUCAUAGAUUAUGAUAGGGAUACUAAAAUUCAAGUCAAUGCUAAUAUUGGAUUAGUUUAUGCAAGAUUAAUGGAAGGAAAAAAUGAAUAUGAUGAAGUUAUGAGGGUUUGUGAGGCUUUAUUGUAACUUCCUUUAGGUUCACAUACUAGAAAAUUAAUCAAUUCAAUCAAAGCGAGAGUCGCAGGGGCUGCUAAGACAGGCACUAAGGACAAUGAGAAGGGUGGAAAGAUUUCUAAAGGAGGAAUGGCUGACUAGAGUUCCGGUGCAUCAACUGAACAUGUUCUAUUUGAGGUUGUUUCGUAGUUAGAGAUUAUUACUAAUAGCACCAACUCUCAAUAGAGUCAAGAGCUAAUUAAGAAAUGCUUUGAUACGCUAAAAAUAUGGAAUGCGAAAGAAAACGAUGAAACUGAACUAGAACUUCACGCCGAAUUAUGGGCAAGAUUAGCGCGAUUAUCCCUAAAUGAGGAAACAAUUACAAUGUACAAAUACUCACUAAGAUGUGUAGAAAACUCACUGUCUUUAUUAAACCCGAAUUCGGAUUUAUAAGGUAUUCCUUCAUCAAGAUUAAGAUGGUAUUCGCUAGCUGAAUAUUUAUAUAGUGAAAAUUUACUAAGAAUGAUAAAUCCAGAAACAUAGGAAUAAAAAAGUCAGGAAAAAUUACUUUUUUAUGCUCUAAAACAUGCCGUAGAAGGAGCCAAUAAAGGACUUAAAGCUAAUAUUAAUUCUCUUGUAUUAGAUGCCUCAAAAUUAGUGUGGAAUAUUUGCGCAAAAUUAUAAGAUUCUGCAAUUAAUCGAAAAGCAUUGAUAAAACCAAUCUUUUCAAUUAUUUUUUACCUUAAAAGCUGUAAAGAAAAAAGCGAACCAGAUCUAAUUUUAUUACUAAGUUAGCUUUUAUUUAAAGCAACUUUGGAAAAUGAGGAAUAUCAUUUAGGGGAAAAUGUAGCAGAUAUGGUAUUUGAGUUAAUUCCAAAAAGUAUGCAGAAAUCAAUUUGGGAAGCUAAAAUGAUAUUCAUGAGUAAGUAAGGUAAAAACGAAUUAUAAGCAAUUUCUAAUAUGAAAGAAGCUGACGCAUCUUUAUAAUCAAAAGUUUGGAUUAGAUUAGCUAGAGCAUCCAAUGCUAUUUAUAAAUAAUAUUAGGCAUAUAACAAAGCUAUAGAAAUUUUAAAAAAAGAGAAUUCCGUAGAAAUAGUUGAAGUUUAUAUAGAAUUCGCUGAAUGGUAUUUAAGAAAUGAAAACGAUAAAAAUUAAAUACUAAAUCAAUUAUAUGCUGCUGCUGAUAUUUUAAUAGAAAUAGAAAUCGAAGAAGAUGAUGAUGAAGAAGAAGAAUUAGAAGAUAUUGAAUAAAUAAUAUUUUCUAGAAUAAUGAAAGGGAAAAAAUCACUUUCUAUUUAAAUAUUAUAAACUAAUAAUAAUAAUAAUUAUCUAAUUAAUAACAAUAAUAAUAAAUUAAAAAAAAUCCAAAAACAAGCCUUAUAAAAAAAAUAGAAUAAAAACAUCUAAAAAUAAAUUAAAAAAGGGCAAGAAGUAAAAGACAAAAAUAGAUCCGGAAAACAAACCAAUUCUAGAAUGUCAAGAGCAUCAACUGGAGUCACUAAAAAAGUCAAAUCAAAAUAAAGUAAAAGUAUUUUCGCAUAAAGAGAAGAAGAUUCUAACCCUGAUGUAUUAAAUUGUGCACAUUUUGAGAGAUUAAUGAGAAUUCAUGUAAUGUUAGCCAUGAUUAGUUCUAAUUAAGAAGAAUAGAUAUAGUUUUGUCUAGACGCGAAACUUUUCUUGAUAAAAAUUAUAGAUAUAUCAUUCAAAACAUUAAAUUAAAUGGAAGAAAAUGCAGCCAAAUAUGCAAAUACAGGCAAAUAAUAAAAUUAAAUAGAUAAUAAUAAUAUGUAAAGUACAUAAAAUUUUAUUAAAAAAGAUUCAAUAGAUAAAUAAUAAUAAUAAUAGUAAUAAUAAUAAUAAUAUUAAUAAUAAUAAUAUUAAUAAGAAAUCUAAGAUUUUAUUCCAAAAUACAAUAUUCCUUAAAAUAUCGAAGAAUGGAUAAGACUUUAAUUUUCUAAAGAAUUUAUUGAAAAAGUAAAAACCUACGAAGAUUAUAAUUUUAUGGGUAAAUUUUUAUUUGAAAAAUCUGAAUUGACUUUCACAUAUAUAAAUAUACUCUAAAAAUACUUUGAAAAUGUCGGUUUACAUGUUCAUUGUGUUCCUUUAUUGGUGUUUUUAAGAUUUUUUGCAAGAGAAAUACUAUGCUAGACUAAUUUAGCAAUUUUAUAUGACUUAAAAUUUUCAAAAAUUUUACAUUUGUUAGGAUUUCAUUCAGAAGCGGAGAAUAUAGUUUCAAAUAUUAAUUUUACUAAACUUAAACUUUCAGAACAUGAAAAGAAAUUGUUACUUGCCAAAACAGAAUCUUCCAAAAUUUUAAGUAAUACUAAAAAAGCAGUAGAUUUAAGUGAAUAAAUCAUACCAAAACCUUACUUAAUUAAAGAUAUUUAACAUUAUUAAAUCUGGAUAGAUUUAGCAAAGGAACUUUUCUUUAAUGGGGAUAUUUUGAGAGCUAAAUAUCUAUUAAAUGAAGCUAUAAAACAUGCAAAAAUUUUAUAUGAAAAAGAAACUAUGGGUGAAAUAUAUUUAUAUUUAGGCUAGAUUUGCUAUUUAGAAGGAGAAUAUAUUGAAUCUUUAUAAAAUCAUAAAAUGUCACACAAGUGUAUUAAAGAUACUUAAAUAUGGGAGUUAAGCGCAUUUGAGACUUUUAAAACCUUAAAAAAAUUAAAUAAAACUGAUGAUAUAUUUAAUUUUUUAAACCGAAUGAUAGAAGUAUAUAAAGAAGUUUUAGAUAAAUAGAAUUAAAUAUCUGACCUUUUAUAUAUACUUUAAAUAUUAGCUACUUUAAACUUACUUAAGAGUAAGUUAAAUUUAAAACUAAUGAGAAAUAAUUACACUAAAGAAAUCGAAAAAGAGUCAUUCUAAUUUAUGGGAGAGGCAUUUAAAUAUAUAAAGGAAGGCGGAUUAAAGAUGAUUCACUAUAAAAUUUUACAAAACUAAUUUUCUAAAACUCUAGAGUGGAUGGAAAACCUUAAUUUAUGGAAUAAAAAAGACAUAUAAAUAUGCACAUCUUUAUUAUUCAAAAUCGAGUAUUAUUUAUUACUCACAGAUAAAGAAUUAAAAAUAAUAUUAAAAUAUGCACUUUUAAUUGAAUAAAUGCACGAAUUCGUGAAUACUCCUUUAAUGUAAAUGCACAUUAAAUUAAGGAUUUAGCUUUCAUAGAUUUACAUACUGGGAGGAAUAAUUAAAAAAACGUUAAAAUCAUCAUAAAAAGAAAUAGAUGAAAUUAAUAAAUUUAAAAGCAAUUAAGAAGAUUUAUAAGAAAAUAAAAAUAAUCCAUUAAAUACUUAAUAAAAUACAGUUAAUUAAACUAAUAAAGAAAUGUUAGUCUCUUAUUUAAAUAAACUGACCUAAAAAAUAGACAUGUUUAUUUUCACAAUCCCUAAUUAAUUAAAAAACUUCGAAAAAGCAUAAUUUAUAUUAGAAUCUUUAAUACCUAAAAUUUCUCAAAACUCAUAUAUUUUUUUAGUUGCUAAUAUUUAUUUAUGUUCGGCAAAAAGAUUAAAUGAGUUAAAAAAAAGUAAAACUAAUUCAUUAUUUAAAAAAAAAAGUUAAGAGAAAAUGACAUAAUCACAAAACAUUUAAUAAUAAUAAUAAUAAUAAUAAUAAUAAUAAUAAUAAUAAGUUUAGAUAAACCUUUAAUAAGAUUCAAUAAAUCAUAUUUAAGAUUUUUAUAAAAAUUAUAAAAAAGAGAUUUUUGAAGUUCAUAAAAGUAAAUCUUCAUUACUUAAUACUUGUAAAUUUUUUAAUGAAUUCAUUGAAAAUAUUGGAGAAAAAAACCCUUAAUAAGCUUUUGAAUUUCUUGUAUAUUUCCAACACAAUAUGUAUACUUAAUAUGUCGAAAAAAUAGUCAGAAAAGCCCUUUAAGGAAAGCAUAAAUUUAUUACUUUUUAAAGGCUAAUUAAACUUGUAUAUAUUCAAGCUGGUAAUUUAAAUUAAGAAGCCUUUAAAGCAUUGACUUCUAACAAUAAUUUAUGGAAAGCACUUUUUGAUUUUGAAGAUUUCGAAUUUAUUACUAAAAAACUACUUCCUGAUAAUUCGGCUUUUGUUUUAUUUUAAUUUUCUGCUGAUAAAAGGUAUCUGUAUUCUGGUUUUUUAUGCCUAUAGUUAAAAAAUCAACCAAUAAUAUAUAAAGUUAAGAGAAAAACAAUGCAUUAAGAUGACUUUUAAUUACUUGAGAGUAUAAAAAUGAGGCUCAACCUGAUAAAAUCAACCCUUAUAAAAACACCUAUUAUAGAUGAGAAAGACUUUUAAAACGUAGUAGGAGUUUAAGAGCUCUAAUAUUUAAAGAUUUUGAAUGAUUUAGAGAAAUUUUUUGCUUUUUUCAAUGAAGAAUUACAUUAUUAUUUCAAUUACAAUGACAAUGAAGAAAAAAAAUAACUAUAUUGCAACAUUAAAUCUUGUGUAAUAUUACUUGAUGUUUUUUUGUUCAAUCUACCAAUAAAUCAAUUAAAUAUUUUCAAAUAAAUAUAGUCAAUUUCUCGAGAUUUUUCACUAAUAUAACUAGGAAAAAGAUACAAAAAACAAGCAAAAAUAAGUAUUGAAAAGGAAUCUUUAAAAUAUAUAU